AACGCGCGUCUCAAACUCCGUGCGCGGGGAUCCUGCGCGCCCGCUCGCCCAGGCUCCGCCUACCCUGCCCCAGGCCCCACCACCCGGGGACGCCACCAGCGGCCUCGAGCUCCGCCCACUCCGUCCCGCGAACCCGCGUUGCGCGUAGUGCGCCGACGCCUUCGCCGAAGCCCGCCCGCGGGGCUGGUCCAGUCGGUCCGCCUCAGGUCUGUGCCGAGGCCCACCAUGGAAGGGGACGUCUCCGCCGCCGCAGCCGCCCACUACCAGCCGGCCAGCCCCCCGCGGGAUGCCUGUGUCUACAACAGCUGCUACUGUGAAGAAAAUAUUUGGAAGCUCUGUGAAUACAUCAAAAACCACGACCAGUAUCCUUUAGAAGAGUGUUAUGCUGUCUUCAUAUCUAAUGAGAGGAAGAUGAUACCUAUCUGGAAACAGCAGGCAAGACCUGGAGAUGGACCUGUGAUCUGGGAUUACCAUGUUGUCUUGCUUCAUGUUUCAAGUGGAGGACAGAGCUUCAUUUAUGACCUUGACACUGUUCUGCCAUUUCCCUGCCCCUUUGAUACUUACGUGGAAGAUGCCUUUAAGUCUGAUGAGGACAUCCAUCCACAGUUCAGAAGGAAAUUUAGAGUGAUCCGCGCAGAUUCCUAUUUGAAGAACUUUGCUUCUGACCGAUCUCACAUGAAAGACUCCAGUGGGAACUGGAGAGAACCUCCUCCAUCAUAUCCCUGCAUUGAGACUGGAGAUUCCAAAAUGAACCUGAAUGAUUUUAUCAGUAUGGAUCCUGAGGUAGGAUGGGGAGCCGUCUACUCACUGUCUGAAUUUGUACAUCGGUUUGGCAGUCAGAACUACUGAAAUUGACCUCUGGAUGUAGUGCCAUGGAGAAAUUCUAGGACGUGAACAAUCCACCCCUUCAUCUGAGACAGCAAACAUUAUGGUACAUUUGGCUUGGAAUUAUGCUUUCCUCUUUUAAUUCAAUUGAGUUGAAGCAUUAGUGAACAGAAGAAUAAAUAGAAACAGUUUCUUUUUGGUGUGUCAGGUUGAAACUUGAUGUAGUUGCUCAGAUAUUCCUACUGCUCAUUUGUUAAAAAAUGUGAAGACUUAACGCCAGUAAUUGUUAUGAUAAAUGUGUGGACUUUGCGUCUGUUUUGGAUGGUUCGUGUCUCUCCAGCUAUACUGUAAGCUCCUUGAGGGCAGGGCUGUGGCCCGUUGCUCUGUGAAUCUCUAAUGCCCAUAAAAGGUGCCCAUAAAAUGUUUGCUAGUGACUGUGCUGCUGCCUGAAGAGGGCUGACGUUGUGAGCUCAAUCAGCAAUAAGUAUUAGUCUUUCUGGACCAUUCAUUCUGUUCUUAGCAAAGAUUGCAGCCCUCUCAGGCUUAAGUGUUGUUUGGCCUAUUUAUAUAUGUUUUUAAAUAAAAUUGACCUAA